AUGUUCAAACAAGGCUAUAAUGAUACUGGGGGUCUUCCACCACAUUAUCUUCAACAACAACAACAACAACAGCAGCAACAACAACAAAAUACCGACCAACAAAACAGAAUAUUUAAUGAUUUGCAAUACCAGCAACAACAAGCAGAUGCGAUGUAUGCUUCUCCAAUAACCACUACAAAACAACUCAAUGGAAAUGGAGUUGAAGGUAUACUUCCUCCAGGAAACCAUCCUCAAGUCAAUGUCCAACAAUUGCAGGCUACGAUGAAUGCUGCGCAAUUAGCUGGACAAAGAAACAUACAGCAACAUUUUCACCAAGUGCAACAACAACAACAACAACAACAACAACAACAACAGCAGCAACAUCAAAAUGGGAAUAACCAAGGGAACUCAGGGGUGAGCAGCACGGGGAGUGGUGGUGCACCAAAACGGGCACUUGAUGAUCCAAAAGUGUUCAAUUGGAUCAUCGAGUUGACCUAUGGUCCAAAUAAAGAGCAGGCGUUGCUUGAACUUGGUAAGAAGCGUGAACAUUACGAUGAUUUGGCUCUUGUGUUGUGGUAUUCUUAUGGGGUAAUGACAUCUUUGUUGCAAGAGAUUAUUAGUGUCUAUCCACUAUUAUCGCCACAAAGCUUAUCUGCAUCUGCAUCCAACAGGGUGUGUAAUGCUUUGGCAUUGUUGCAAUGUGUUGCUUCUCACCCAGAAACCAGAAACUUGUUUUUGAAGGCGCACUUGCCGUUAUUUUUGUAUCCGUUUUUGAACACCGAAUCGAGAUCCAGAUCAUUUGAAUACUUGAGAUUAACGUCAUUGGGUGUCAUUGGUGCUUUGGUGAAGAACGAUACCCCUGAAGUCAUUGCCUUCUUGUUGACCACGGAGAUCAUUCCCCUUUGUUUGAAGAUUAUGGAAUCUUCUACGGAAUUGUCGAAAACUGUGGCAAUUUUCAUCAUACAAAAGAUUUUGCUUGAUGAUAAUGGAUUGAAUUAUAUUUGCCAAACUUAUGAUAGAUUCCAUGCGGUUUCUAAUGUUUUAGAAUUGAUGGUUGAUCAAUUGGUUAAGCAUCAAACUGUUAGAUUGUUGAAACAUGUUGUCAGAUGUUAUUUGAGGUUGAGUGAUAAUGUCGACGCCAGAAAGGCUUUAGCCAGCUCAUUACCUGAGCCUUUGAAAGACCAGACUUUCCAAAUGGCAUUGAAGGAUGAUGUUGCUACUCAGAGAUGUUUAAACCAGUUAUUAUUGAACAUUGGGGUUGUUAAUUUGAAUUGA